AUGGGACAUGGGAAUGGGACACAGGAAUGGGCCGUGGGUUGCGGCUGCCCCGGUGCCGGGGGCUCCCCCCAUGCUCACCCCCAUCCCGGUGCGGUCCGGUCCCGUCAGAGCCGGCGGCAGCGGCAGCAGCGAGCAGCAGCGCAGCUCCGGGCCCAGCAGGACUUCAGCUCCGUGCCCCACUCCUUCGUGCUGGGCCGUGGGCGCCCCGGGCGCUGCCUCCGCGGCCUCGUGGCCGACGUGCGCCGGGUGCUGGAGCCCUUCACGGCCCGGGCGCUGCGGGUGCGGAAAAGCAAUUCCCUGAAGGACUUCGUGGCCGUGGCCGGGCCCCUGGGGGUGACGCAUUUCCUGGUGUUCAGUAAAUCAGCCUCCAGCAUCAACUUGAAGGUGUUCCGGCUGCCCGGGGGCCCGACAUUGACCUUCAAAGUGAUGGAGUACUCCCUGCUGCGGGACGUGGUCUCGGCUCUGCGCCGGCACCGCAUGCACGAGCAGCAGUUCCGCCACGCGCCCCUCCUGGUGCUCAGCAACUUCGGCCUCCAGCACAUCCACGUCAAGCUCAUGGCCAGCACCUUCCAGAACCUCUUCCCCUCCAUCAACGUGCACACGGUGAACCUCAACAGCAUCAAGCGCUGCGUGCUCAUCACCUACGAGGCCGAGACGCAGCUCCUGCACUUCAGGCAUUACAGCGUCAAGGUGGUCCCCGUGGGAGUGAGCAAAGGCCUCAAGAAGCUGCUGCAGGAGAAGUUCCCCAACAUGAGCCGCUUGGAGGACAUCAGCGAGCUCCUGGUCAAGGAUCUGAACCUCUCGGAGAGCGAGGCGGAGCAGGACGGGCCCCACAACGUGACCGAGCUGCCCCAGGCCUACGCGGGCCGAGGCAACGCCAAGGCUCAGCAGAGCGCCGUGCGCCUCACCGAGAUCGGGCCCCGCAUGACGCUGCGGCUCUGCAAGGUGGAGGAGGGGCUGGCGCAGGGCAAUGUCCUCUACCAUGGCUUCGUGCACAAGCCCGAGGCCGAGGUGCAGGCGCUGCUGGCGCGGCAGGAGGCGAAGCUGCAGCUGCGGGCGGAGCGGCGCCAGCGCCAGGAGGAGGCCGUGGAGCGCAAGCGGCGGCAGCGGCAGGCGCAGAGGGAGAGGAGCCUGGAGGGGAUGCGGAGGAAGCGGCAGCGGCAGGAGCAGGAUGGGGACAGCGGCGCUGAGGAUCCCGGUGCUCCGGAGCCGGAUGCGGCCCAGCAGGAGGAGGAGGAGGAGGAGGAGGAGAGCGAUGCUGAGCACUACCGGAGGGAGGUGGGCGAGGAGCCGGAUCAGGGUGAAGGAAGCGGCCCCCCUCUCGCCCUGCCCGGCUCCGCAAGCGCCGGCGCCGCAUCCCACCGGAGCAUCGCAUCCCAUCGGAGCAUCCCACUGGAAAACCAGGAAUGA